CCGGGAAAGGCCACGCGUCGCCUGCGGGCCGCGCUGCACGUCCGCCCCGGGAGGAGGAAGGCGGGCCCGCCCGGCCAGGCUGGGGCUUUCCGGCCCCGCGGCUGCCGCCUCCGGAGAAGGACUCCGACUCGCCUCCCGCCCGGGCCGGCCGCGCCAUGCCUCGCCCGCCGCUUCGCCGCCUCCUCCUCCUCCUCCUCCUCGCCCUCGCCGCCGCCCAAGAGCAGCCGCCGGGGGCAGCUGGGUCCGCCGAGCGGCGCUGCUUCUGCCAGGUCACCGGUUAUUUGGAUGAUUGCACGUGUGACGUUGAGACACUGGACGCCUUCAACAACUACAAGGUUUUCCCGAGACUGCAAACCCUCCUGGAAAGUGAUUAUUUCAGAUACUACAAGGUUAACCUAAAGAAGAGGUGCCCUUUUUGGAAUGUCAUCAGUCACUGCGGAAUCAGAGAUUGUGCAGUGGAGCCUUGCCAGUCUAACAAGAUCCCUGACGGAAUUAGAUCAGCCAGUUACAAGUAUUCGGAAGAAGCCAACACCUCUGCUAAGGACUGCGAAGAAGAGGAGAGGCUCGGAGCCGUCGAUGAAUCGUUAAGUGUGAAAACCGUGGAGGCCGUGAGGAAGUGGACCCGGCACGACGAUGCUGCGAACAGCUUUUGCGAAGCCGAUGAUAUCCAGUCUCCCGAGGCCGAGUACGUAGACCUCCUGCUCAAUCCCGAGCGCUACACCGGUUACAAAGGGCCCGACGCCUGGAGGAUCUGGAACAGCAUUUAUGAGGAGAACUGCUUCAAGCCACAGUCGAUAAAAAGGCCUUUGAAUCCCUUGACUUCUGGCAGAGGAGAAAAUGAAGGGAACAUGUUUUACAGCUGGUUGGAAGGCCUCUGUGUGGAGAAGCGGGCUUUCUACAAGCUCAUCUCCGGUCUCCAUGCAAGCAUCAACAUUCACCUCAGCGCCAGGUACCUUCUUCAAGACACCUGGUCAAAGAAGCAAUGGGGUCACAACGUGACCGAGUUUCAGCAGCGGUUCGACGAGCUCCUGACUCAAGGCGAGGGCCCCAGGAGGCUGAAGAACCUCUACUUUAUCUAUUUGAUCGAGCUACGGGCCCUCUCCAAAGUCUUGCCUUUCUUCGAGCGCCCCGAUUUCCAGCUGUUCACAGGCGACAAAGACAGAGACGGAGAAGUCAAGAGUCUCUUGCUGGAGAUUCUCCAUUCAGUCAAAUCUUUCCCUUUGCACUUCGACGAAAAUUCACUGUUUGCUGGAAACCAGAGAGAGGCCGCCAAGUUAAAGGAGGAGUUUCGGCUCCAUUUUAGGAACAUUUCAAGGAUUAUGGACUGCGUGGGAUGCAUAAAAUGUCGCCUCUGGGGGAAGCUACAAACUCAGGGUUUGGGAACGGCGCUCAAGAUCCUGUUUUCUGAAAGCCAAAUUGAAAACAUGCCGGAGAGAGGCCCGUCUCCAAAGUUUCAUCUAACAAGGCAGGAAAUCGUAGCCCUCUUCAAUGCGUUUGGGAGGAUCUCAACCAGCGUUAAGGAGCUAGAAAACUUCCGGGGCCUCUUACAAACUCUGCAGUGAGGACGAUGCUCGGAGCCCUUUGCGCCGCUGCAACCAACGGGGACACUCCGCCCGCUCUGCUAGAUUCCCACGGGACCGCAACACCUACCUAGGGUCGCCAACCUCCAGGUGGGGGCCCGGAGAUCCCCCCCCCCCGGAAUUAUGAUGGACCCCCAGACUACAGAAGCCAGAUCCCUUCAGGAGUUCGGCUGCUUUGCACGGUGGACCUCUGUGCCGCCAGCGGGAAUAAGAUCCCUCUCCAAACCUCCUGGCGUUUCCUACACCCAGCAUUAGCCAAGUGCACCGGUGAGGGGUAUGUGCGUCCCAUACUGCUUAAGGCUUUUGUUGAACUGCAGAAAGGGCCUUGCUGGACCCAGACAAGCAACACAAGCAACCCGGAGAGGUGGGCACCCCGUGGCAGACCACCCUCUGUUCUAGGAGGUGCUGGAGCAUCCCAAAGGGCCUUCGGAUUGCUCCUUUCGUGGAAGACCAAUGGCUUUUCUUUCCUUUAUCCGUCAUCGGGAAAUACAACUCAGGUGUACCUUUAAGGUCAAAGGGACUGUGAACCGCUCCAAAACACGGACCGGGCUUGGAUCCAGAGGCGGCCGCUGCAGAAGGGACGUUGGUUCGUUCCCCAGGAUUUGGUACCUUUUCCCUGUUGCUGCUAAGGCGACGAGCAAUGGCGUAGGGGCAGUUCUCCAGAGUCCAGCCCGGCCACCCAAGGGUGGCACAAGGAAGACGACGUACUGUAGGAACUCGGCUCACGCCUGCGGCCCAAGAGGCCGCUGGCGCCCCGUUCUGGGCUCGCCGUGGGGCUGCUUCGACUUGAAUCUGGCUGGGGGGGACAGCCUGCCUUUCUUGGGCAGACCCCAAGACCCUCCCUCCUUCAGGGCAGUUUUGGCCACUUCCUUCUGCCGUUCCCUUCCGGCUCCGAAUCGGCCUUGACCACAGUUCCAGAGGAGUCGGCCGUGUUAAGUCUGUUGCUGCAAAAAUAGUGAAAAGCCCA